AUGCUGGACCGGUUGCAGCGGGCAGAGCGGUCGAUGGAACUCGCCGCGGCAAGAGUUGCCCCCGCGCCAAUGGGCGCCAUUGGCGGCGGUGCGGCCGGGCAGGAGCCGCAGACGGAGUUCCGGGAACACCGGGAUGAGUUGCGGGAGGUGGAGCGAGAGCUGGACGCGGCAAGCUGGCAGCCCAUCGAAGUCAAGAGGACUCCUUGGCAGGAGCGGCUGAAGAGCGGCGACCGGGUCUACGUGCGGGGCAUCAGCCAGCCGGUGGAGGUGAUCACGCCGCCGGAUCUGACGUCGGGCUCGACACAGGCGCAGAGGGUCGAGGUGCUGCUGGGGACGAUGCGGGCCAAGAUCCCGGUUUACCAGUUGCAGAGCCUGGCCGAGGGACACCCGGUGGCUUCGCGCCAGGGUGUGUACCUGGACCGCGCGGAGAGCCGGCCGGCAGCGCCUCGAGUUCCCGAUCCGGAGAUGGACCUGCGGGGCUUACGGGUGGACGAGGCGGUGGACCGCGUGGAGACGGUGCUGAACGAUGCCGCGCUGGACGGUGUGUCGCUGGUGCGCAUCAUUCACGGCAAGGGCACGGGUGCGCUGCGGCGGGCCAUCCGCGAGUUCCUGUCCGACCACCCGCUGGUGGAGGCGGCAACGGACGGCGAAGGUGCCGGCGGCGAUGGGGUGACGGUGGUGCGCCUGCGGUAG